AUGGAGCCAGCGGGGCGCAGGCUCUGCCGCCACAGCCGCAGGGGGGACGAGUCGCUGCAGGGCGAGCUGGAGGCGCUGGUCCACGACGUGGUGAAGGCCAGCUCGUGGUGGGAGCGCCACGGCGUGGACUGCGCCAUCCUCGCGCUCAGCCUCCUGGCGGUGCCGGCCGGGCUCUUCUGCCUGCGCUUUGAGAACGUCUUAGUCUUUGCCCUGGGCAUCACUAUUCUGGGUGUGAGCCACUACACACUCACUGUCAAGGGCAGCCACCUGGCCACACAUGGGGCCCUCACCGAGUCCAAGCGCUGGAGCAAGAUCUGGGAGCUUUUCUUCUUGGAGGUCUGCACAGGCUUCACCGCAGAGUAUGCCAACUACGGCCACGUCAAGAUGCGUCACGGCUACACCAACGUGAUCGGCAUGGGUGACUCUAGCACCUGGAGGCUGCCCUGCCUCAACCGCUACGUCUACAUGUUCCUCGCCCCUUUCUUAAUCCCCAUCAUUACCCCGCUGGUGGCCCUCAAGCGGCUGAGGGACGUGGAGGUCUGGACAGCUCUGCGGACGCUGGGCCUGAUCUCCCUGGGCCUUUAUUCUCACUACUGGCUGCUCCUGAAUGUGUCAGGUUUUAAGAGCCCCAGGUCGGCCCUGGCCUGCAUGUUUGCCACCAGGUCCCUGCUGGCCCACCCUUACCUCCAUGUCAAUAUCUUCCAGCAUAUCGGAUUGCCCAUGUUCUCCCUGGACAAGAAGCCCCUACGGGUUCACAUGUUGAGCCUCGGCGUGCUGAACCUGCCCCGGUCGCCUGUGCUGGACUGGGCAUUUGGCCACUCAAUUGUCAGCUGCCACGUGGAACAUCACUUCUUCCCCAGACUCUCCGACAACAUGUGCCUGAAGGUGAAACCUGUGGUAUCCCACUUCCUCCAAGAGAAGCAGCUGCCGUACAACGAGGACUCGUACUUGGCUCGCUUCCGGCUGUUUCUGAGUUGCUACGAGGAGUUGAUGGUGCACACCCCUCCUAUCACUGAGCUUGUGGGGCUGCAAUGA